AUGGAGGGUGCCGGAGACGGCGCUGGUGCCGGCGGAGGCCGCCGCCUCGUCUGCGUGACGGGCGGCAGCGGCUUCAUCGGCUCGUGGCUCGUCCGCCUCCUCCUCGACCAAGGCUACACCGUCCACGCCACCGUCAAGAACCUCCAGGACGAGGGCGAGACGGAGCACCUGCGGGCCCUGCAGGACGGCGCGGGCGCGCGUCUCCGGCUGUUCCAGAUGAACCUGCUCGACCCGGCCUCCUCCAUGCGGCUGGCGAUCGAGGGCGCCCACGGCGUCUUCCACCUGGCGUCCCCUCUGGCACUGCGGACGCGAGAUCCGGAGAAGGAGCUGCUGGAGCCUGCGGUGAAAGGCACGCUCAGCAUCCUCCGCGCCGCCAAGGACUGCGGCGUCGCCCGUGUCGUGCUCAUGUCGUCCAAGUCGGCCAUGGUGCCCAACCCUUCCUGGCCUGCGGAUGAGGCGAUAGCAGAGGAUGACUGCUGGGCUGACGUCGAGCUCCUCGAGAAACGUCAGCUUUGGUACAACGUCUCUAAAACAUUGGCGGAGAAGUCCGCGUGGGAAUUCGCCGAAAAGGAGGGCUUGCAGUUGGUUGUGCUGAAUCCAGGGACGACGCUGGGUCCAUUUUUCACGCCGUCGGUCAACACCAGUCUCAACAUUCUGCUGCAGCUCCUGAGAGGCCAGGAGCUUGAGCUGGACGCCGUCUACACGGGGUGGGUCGACGUCAGAGAUGUGGCGCGAUCUGCUAUGGUGCUGUACGAGAACCCAUCUGCGCAGGGGCGCCACCUGUGCUUGGCGUCCAUGGAACGCUUGGUUGAUUUCACCGCCAAACUUGCCGAUCUGUACCCUGAAUUCCCAGUCCACAGAAUCAAGGAGGACAAACAAGGCUGGUUGAUGAGGGCAAAGGACCCCUCCAAGAAGUUAAUCGAUCUGGGCGUUCGUUUCAUCCCAUUUGAUCAGACCGUCAGGGAGACUGUGGAUUGCUUCAGGAACAAAGGGCUCAUCUAGCCUGCAAACAUGUCUGGUUGUAUGCUUUGUUCAGGAAAUAAAAAGUGCUGUGCGAUAGCCUUCCAGCUCAAACAAAAAUGAAAUGCCAG